CUACUCCUGUACGACCUGAAACCUACUUUGAAAUACUACGCAUUGCGAAAUCUUUGUCCUAUCGGUGAGCGGAGCAGAUUGUUCUUUACACGUUUGUAGUCUGUCCUCGUUACCUUCACAAACUCUAAAAGUAAAAACUAUCCGACAUCGCCAGAUCAAGUAAGAUGGCUUCAACAGAGCCCCCGGCGCCGCCCGCGGCUGCAAUGUCGCAGCAGCAGCAGUCGCUGCCCGCCCCCCAGCAGCAACCCCUACAACCUGACUACAACAACUCUAAAACCUCCAAUUUUUCUCUCUACCUGGACCAAAUCAAGACUUUGCUUAUCAAGGACUUCCUCCUCUCCUCGCGUUCCUGUUGCACCAUCACGGGAGCGUUGAUCUGCCCGGCUUUCAUGCUAUUUUUCUCGACCUUCUUCAUUCUUUUCAUCGAUGAGCGGAUCUUCGAACAACCGUACCAGACCGUGAACGUGAAAACCCGGCAAAUAUCCACAGUAAAUUUCCGGUACACGUAAACAUGCGGUCUCUGCAUGACAAAAAUUGGCUUCGAUUCUACUCUAGCAUGACAAGUUUUACGCUUCACACUGGUGAAAUUUGUGAUGCAUCUUGUACAUGUACGGAAAAUUUGUAUUGCAUAGCAAAUCCAACAAAACUACGCGUUCGACCCGUUCCCGGCUCAGUGCGGAGAGUUAUCGUGAGAAAAAACGGUCUCAGUCUCAACUUGUGAUGCGCAAUUUCCUUGAGACAGUUUUUUGUCAUGCUCGACGUGCAAGAAAGUCGCCUUUAUCUCUAUGUGUGUUCAUUUCUUGUGUCUGAGUCUGACGCAUCACAGGUUUUCCGUGUCAUGCUAAGCAAAUUUGUGUUGCUGAGUCAUCUGCAAAGGUUUGGGACUGAGAAAGUUUUUUCUCAGGAUAGGAGCUGGGUAGCAGCGAAUACGUGGAGUCUUUCGCGUAUCAACUGUAAAAAUGUCUGGGUCUAGAAGAUUCUGACACUUGUCAUGCACGUUUUGCAUGAGCCCUGAUGUCUGUAAUGCAUGCCCUAGCAUCACAGAUUUUUUGAGAGCUUCUUGAUGCCUAUUCCGCAUGACAAAUGCCCUCUCGGAGUAGCAAAAAUUGCACUCCUUUUGGUACUCAUGCAAUACAGAUUCUUCUGGAAUCCAAAUGCAGCAUCACAAGCUGCGUUCUUCCAGACCCAGACAUUUUUACAUUUGAUAUCGCGAGCUGGCGCGACGAACAGCAGGUCCCGCUAUCCACAGUAAAUUUCUAUUUCCCAUACACGACGUACAGAUGCGGUGCCUGCAUGACGAAACUUGACUGGGAUACUAGUUUAGCAUGACAAGAAGUGUUACACUUCAAAUUGGCGCAAUUUGUGAUGCAUCUUGUACAUCUGACGGGAAAUUUGUAUUGCAUACCCGCUGCCGGAAAACUACGACACAAAGUUCGACUGUAUCCUGUGCAAAAGUAUCGUACUCGUACUAAUUGCAAAUAUGCAUGACAAAUGUUUUGCCUAAGGCAAAACAGCAUUACAAAUUCCACUUUCCUUCUUGCAAAAAUUUGUAUAUGCAAUUUAUACUAGUACGAUACUUUUGCAAUGCAUAGACUGUUUUAUUGACGCCAUGUCGGACAUCGUGCCCUUCUAUCAACUGUAAAAAUGUCUGGGUCUGGAAGAAUCCAAAUUGUCAUGCUGAUUUUGGAUUCUAAAAAAAUCUGUAUUGCAUGAGCAGGAAAGAGAGUCCAAGUUUCGCUACACGGAAAGAGCAUUUGUCAUGCGGUAUAGGCAUCAGGAAGCCCUCACAAAAUCUGUGAUGCUAGGGCAUGCAUCACAGACAUCAGGAGUCAUGCAGAAUGUGCAUGACAACCCUGGCAAUCUGCCAGACCCAGGCACUUUUACAUUUGAUACCUUCUGGCGGGAGAUGAUUCUGCAGUCCCGGCAGCAACCGGCGUGGGCACCAAGAGUGCAGACGUUCGGCGUGUCCCCCGGUGUGCAGGACGACGCGAUGACGCUCGGGGGGCGGUUUGCGAACUACUUGUACAAGCGGUAUGAUGACAAAAUGUAUUUAACCAUCGCGCUGUACAACUUGAUGCAAGAUUCCUGCUUCAACACGAUUUUCGCGAAUUUAACCGCGAAUUUCGGCUUACCAAGUGCCUUCCCAACGGGCAUCACCGCGGUCGUCGGCGCGGUCGCGCCCACCACGGCCAGCAGCUUCUGCCUGGAGAACGACCCCGUGGCGUGUUUGAACCUCUGUCAGGACGGCGCGAGCUUGCCGGGAAGAACAGUCCUGCCGAACACGGCGAAUGUUACCAUCGGACCGGACUACGUGUCGAACGGGGUGACCAUGAAAAACAAAACCCAAGUGUCCUACUGGACGCACGCGAACAGCGCCUUGGACUUUACGGACGCAAACUACGUCGCGCCAGUGCCCCCGGCCUCGGUCGCGGAGUCCUUUGCAGCCCAGCUGAACGCGAUUGUGGUGCAGAACGCGGUCCGGGUCGCGGCCAUGAACAGUGGGAGAAGGUUAGCGCAGGGCGAAGAAGAGAGUGUAGGAGAUUUUUCCGCUGGAAGGAUGAUGUUCGACGACAGCAGUGCGAUGUCGAGCAGCAGUAUUUCAUCCAAUAGCGGCGGUCGUGAACAAACAUCAAGCAGUGGCUUGGACAUUGCAGUGGACCACGAGGAUCUGGAAGAUCAUACUGACGAAGGAGCGUUUGGACCCUCCGGCACCUUGCAGAUGUCGCCGAAAUCAAGUGGCAGCACUGCGUCUAGUUUAUUCGCGACAGCUGCGAGGCGAGCUGCAAAGGACAACAAACGCAGGCAAAAACCGUCCUUCCAGACCGGAUUGCAACUAUUAGAUCACGUGAGGGACGUGUACCAGAAGCGGUGGCUGCAGCACGAGGAGAUGAGAACGACAAGUGUGCAACAAAAGACGAGUCAGAACAAUCUUGUCUACCACCACGGCGCACAAGAGGAUAGAGACAUCCGGAGUACUACACCAGGCAUAAAUAAGGCUGUUACAACAACAUCACCUUCUCCCUCCUCUUCCUUCCGACCCGACCUGUCCCGCUCCGAACGGGUCCAUCGUCAGCUGCGGCAGGCGAACCCCUUUUCCCCCGCGACGUUUGAAAAACUUUUCUUCGCCGAGCGGUUUCUGAAAAACAACAAACCCGUACGGAAAUCCAGCAACCAGCUCCGGCGUCUUGCGAUCAACUGCGACAGCGCGAAUUCCGCCUGCGACUGCGCGAAGUUGCGGCCGGACUGCGGCUGGUUUUCGCAGUCGACCGACCGAGACGGAGAAGGGUCCUGUCGCGAGGCGGUGAACAGUCGCGGUGGCGCGAAGGGGGAAGUCGCGGUGGAGACCAGUUGUUUCGAGUGCGACACGCAGACCACCUCGGACGGGACCGUUUUCCCCUGCAGUCGCACGUCUCUGUGGCUCCGGAUGGGGACGGCUUUACCGUUGCUGAAGCCGUACGUGCGGGUCUUUCGGGACGAAGACGCCAUGAAGGAUUUGAUCAACCAUUCCGAGUACCCUAUGAGAGUGCGCAACUCCUCCUCCUCCCUCAUUUGUGAUGCAAAACCCCAAAUCCAAGGGCUUCCCUGUGGCACUGUUUGCAUGACAGAUUUUUCCGGAAGCCCAAACAGUACUACAAUAGGUAGGUGAAUUUCUCAUGCACAGCCACGGGCUCCACCACGUGUGCUAGUGUUUGUAUUGCUGAUCAUGCAAUACAAAUGAGGGGCAGGGGAAGUUGCGCACUCUCAUAUACUCCCAGGUCAUCACAGUCUUAGAUGCCUCCUCCGGCACCCAAGUCUCCAAACAGGUUUCCGAGAUGCUCUGCGCUGCUGUUUCCUUCAUCGACGGGGAAGACGGGGACGGUACGGCGCCGAUCAACCUGGCGCAGGCACGGCUCCAAUCCCAGCUGCAAUUCGACAUCCGAACCAACGAGUCGGACAUAUCAAUUGCAAAAGCAUCGUGCUCGUAGUAUUGCAAUAGUACAAAUUAGCUCAGCAUGAGAAAUAAAAUUUAUCAUGCUGAUUUAGCUUGAAAAAUAAAUUUGUCUUGCAUGACUGCGAUUAGUACGAGUGCGAUACUUUUGCAAUGCAUAAGACAUCAACGGUCGGGAUUUCGGUUACACGCCACAGUACAAAGUCGCGCCGCGGGCGUCGGAAUUUUACCUCGGGAUAUGGGGUUCUCAAGUGUUACAUUCUCAACUGUUGCAUGAUAAUGAUUUGUCAUGCAAAUUUGCCACCAAGAUCGCCACCAUUGAGCUGCUUCGCAUGACAAAUCCCCGAAGGGGCUAAACAGCAUGUAAAUCUGUGCCAAAUCUGUAAUGCAAAAGGCGCAAGCUUCCCCCAUUCAUUUUUGCCGUUCUUGCAUUACAAAUUCAUGCAACUACAGGCGCGAAUGUAACAUUUGAGAACGCCAUACGGCACGUACGCGCGAUCGGGUUUCCUCGGUUUGCAGAAUGUGUAAAACCCGCUCAAACGUUACAAUCUCAAGCGUUACGUUAGAAUCCGGAUUGUGUCUUGCAUGCUGAGCAUGACAAAAUCGCAAAGCGUUCCUGUUCCACUUUCUGCAAUACAAAUUUCGGCAGACUCUAGGACGGUUUGGGGCUCCGAAAGAACAUGUCAUGCGCAAUCCUGUGAGAGUACGUAGGGUAGCUCACGCACUUCUUGCAUCACAGAUUUCCGUAUUCUAUUGGAACGCUUGAGAUUGUAACGCUUGAGCAAGUUAUAACGUGGUCAACGAUUUUCUCUCCUGUGCCUCCGACAGUCUGAACUGCUUUCUCGGCACGAACCACUUCACGAUCCCGGUGACAACGCCGAGCAAGAAACCGGACGUGGACAACAUUGCUCUGAUCAAUUUCGGCCUUCCGAAAUUCUGGAAUAACGCGAGGUUGGUAGCCGUGUUGGGCGAAAAUGAUGACAUGUAUCCACAGUAAAUUUCCCGUACACGACGUACAAAUGCAGUCUCUGCAUGACAAAGCUUGCCUUCAAUCCUACUCUAGCAUGACAAGUCGAACACUGCAAGUUGGCGAAAUUUGUCAUGCAUUUUGUACAUGUACGGGAAAUUUACAUUGCAUAACAUGGCGGACAGUGUCUUUUUCGGACUGUGCAUCCCGAUUUUGCCAUUGAUCGGAAGAUAGGAAAUGCAAAAACAUCGUACUAAGUAGUAGAAAUCGCAUUACAAAUUUCCUCAGCAUUACAAAUGGAGUUUGUAAUGCUGCUUUGCCUCGAGAAAGAGAUUUGUAAUGCAUAAAUGCAAUUACUACGAGUACGAUGCUUUUGCAUUGCGUAGAAGAAUUUUACGGGAGAAGGAGCUGAAGAUCCGGGAGGGGAUGAAAAUCAUAUCCCGUGCAAAAGUAUCGUACUCGUAUAAAUGCAGGUCUUGCAUUACAAAUUUCUCAUGCUGAGAAAAUUUGUAAUGCAUUUAUACGAGUGCGAUGCUUUUGCAGUUCAUAAAUCAUGGGCCUGUACGACUUGUCCUAUUACUUCGCGGUCAGCAUCUUUCACACGAUUUUCGGCUUCUUCGUUGCGUGCAUUCUGAUGCUGGUGUGGGCCGUUCUCCCGGACUGGCAGAAGUAUUCCGGUGGGGGGUGGCUGUUCUGGUUUUUCUGGGUCUCCUCCGUGCACUGCACGCAGUUCGCGCUGUUCUUGACCACGUUCUUCAGCAACGCAACCUUCGGAAAAAUCGCGUGCACGGGGAUCGUAAGCUUGUCGGGUUUGUUCUCCGUGUUGCUGCCGACGUUGGACGUGUCCUGGACCUCCGCCGGGCGGAUUAUCAAAUGCAAAUAUGUCAUCUGGGUCUACUGGCAAGUUGCGAGAUUUGUCAUGCUAGUAUGGCAUGACUCUGCAAUUUGUGUUGCGAUACCGCAAAGGGCUCCUCUUGCAUGUCAUACAAAAACGAAGUUUCUCAUGCGGAAUACGCAACUCAGAACCACGGAAAAACUUGUCAUGCUUGGCAGCGCAUUACAAAGUGCUGACUGUUCCCACUUCCUUGCAUCACAAGUUUCCAGACCCAGAGAUAUUUGCAAUGGAUACGGAUCGCGUUUCGCCGGUUCAUCGUGAUGUGGUGUCCGGGGACAACUGUGACAUAUGCUCUGCGAGUCUGGUACGAGCUGGAGAUGCGGACUUAUCCUGUGCAAAAGUAUCGUACUCGUAUUGCAGUCAUGCAUGGAUUACAAAUCUUUUUGUUGAGGUAAAUCCGCAUUACAAAUUUUAGUUUUAAUUUUUCAUGCGGAGGAAAUUUGUAAUGCAUUUAAUAUACGAGUAACGAUACUUUUGCAGUCCAUAGGACUGAUGGCGUGACGAUUGACACGGUGGGGCUACGAAUUACGAGUAAAACGACGGAUUUUUCCUUCCUAGACUGUAUUCUCAUGUCGAUAGUCGGAAUCAUUUGGUACACGUGCCUCUUCGUCUACGCUGACCAAGUAACGCCAAGUGAGUACGGCAUCCCGCGGGUUUGGUACUUUCCGUUCACGAAGACUUUCUGGAAGGAGGACGUGUUCGGCAUCUUCGAUGCGAAAUCCGACGCGGAUAGAGGCACCAGUGAGCUGCAGGCAGGAGCAGUAGAUAAAGGAGCACUGAAUCCGUCAGAUUUAGCACAAGAACCGCAACUGACCCGGCAGCAAUCCAAAGGGGAAGAAUCGAAUUUCAGCAAAGACGACACAACUCUGUCCAAGUUUUUCGAGAAACCGACGUACCAGCAGCAGCAGCUUCACCAGCAGAAUGACUGCGUGAAAAUCAGGAACUUGCGGAAGGAAUUCCACACGAACACAACCGCGGACGGAAAGCCGUUUGUCGCGGUGAAUGACAUCAAUUUGACGAUGUACCGGGAUGAGAUUUUCGUUCUACUGGGGCAUAACGGCGCGGGGAAAACGACCACUUUCUCCAUGCUGUACGGGUUGAUCCCGAUGACCAAGGGGGAUUGCUCCUUUUUCGGAUUGAGCAGUAAACAGCAACUCUCCGCGAACCGCGGGAAGGUAGGGAUUUGUCCGCAACAUUCCGUAUUGUGGGAAAAUUUAACAGUGCUGGAGCACUUGCUCUUAUUCGCGUACUUCAAGGGCGUGAGCCGAUCCGACGCGCUGAUUCAAGCGGAUGAGUUGCUACGCGAACAGAUGAUGGAAGAUAAGAAGAACGCGUUGGCGAAAACUUUGUCCGGAGGGAUGCAGCGGAAACUGUCCCUGGCGAUUGCGUUCAUGGGAAACCCGAAUUUGGUCUUUCUGGAUGAACCGAGCAGCGGUAUUUUUGAUUAUGGAAAUGAAGUAAGAAGCCAUCCACUUCUUGUUGCGGAUGCGAAUUCACAUUUGUUUGCGCCAGCACUGGCAGCUACUCACUACUACAUGUGGUGCCACUGAUGCAUUCAAGAAUUAUCACUCUAUGAUCACCAUUUCGCUAUGGUGGAUAAAACUACGCAGGCAUUGCACAGCAUGCAUUUACAAUUACUUAUGCAAUUUAUCAGGCAUGGACACCUCCGCCCGGCGGGAGAUCUGGGACCUCCUCCGCACCCGAAAAUCCGGCCGCGUGAUUGUUUUGACAACCCACUACAUGGACGAAGCGGACGUGUUGGCCGACCGAGUGGCGAUCAUGUCGCACGGUAAUGUGAAGUGCGUCGGGACUACGCAGUUCCUCAAACAAGCCUACGGCUGCGGGUACAACCUCUCCUUCAACUGCACGCAGCCGUAUGGCGUUCUCAAACGUUACACUCUCAACUGUUACAUGAAUUUGUAAUGCAAGUAGACUGGCAAAAGUGAAAGGAGGAAGAUUGCGCCUUUUGCAUUACAAGUUUGGCGCAGAUUUACAUUUAGGCGCUGUUUAGUCCUUCCCAAAUUUGUCAUGCGAAGCAGCUUGAUCAUCUGCCGGCUUUAGGUGCUUUUGCAUGACAAAUCACGUAACACUUGAGAAUGUAACGCUUGAGAAUCCCAUAAGCCGGCGAUAGAAAUUGUGGAGAAAUUCUCGAAUUUCCUGGACGAAGAGGUGUUUCAGUCGAAGAAUGAUUGCAAGUUGAUGACGACUAUCAAAUGCGAAAAUGUCUGGGUCUGGAAACUUGUGAUGCUGGCUGGCGUAUCAUGAGGAGGCCACAAGUGCUGGCUCAGCAUGACAAGUGUCUAAGCUUCUAGGUGUUGCCUGUUCUGUAUGAACAACUGCGUUUCUGCAUCUCAGAAAAGUGGGGCUCUUGGGUAAUGUGCAUGACAGAUUUCAGAGUCAUGUCAGACAAGCAUGACAAACUUGCACCCUUCCAGACCCAGACAUUUAUGCAAGUUGAUGACGACCGCGGGCAACGAGAUGCUGUUUCUGGUCCCCUUUGAAGUGAGCCACAAGUUCCCAAAGGCGUUUGAGCUGUUAGAGCAGAGAAAGCAGGACUUCGGGAUCAUCUCUUACCAACUACUCGUCUGCAAUUUGGAGGAGGUGUUUUUGAAGGUCGCGUCGGAUCAAGCAGAUAGCGAAGAGAAGCUGGCGCAGACAAUACUGGAAAGAACCCAAACCGGGUCGAAGGAGAACCUGGGUGCGAUCAUGGACAGCGACACAACCGUCGGCGUCCCGGUUCCGGGUACGGGCAGGAAAUCCAGUUCCUGGGGCUACGUGGAACUCCAGCCCAGCAGCACCCGGAUGCUCUACGGGCUUUUGCAAAAAAGGUUCAUCAACGGGAAGCGGUACUGGGGCACGACGAUUUGCCAAUUAACCUGUCCAGUGGUGUAUUUGUUGAUCAUCAUUAUCAUCACGAAGAUCGCUUUGUCCGACUGGCCGAGGCUAUGGAGCUGUCUGGAUUGAAAUUGACAAAGUUGAAAUGAUUUGCCAUGCAUAAAAUGGAUGCCAGUUGGGACCCAGUUUUCAAGUGGCGCGUGACAAAUUUUGGUGGUCCUUAAAUCCAGUUUGUCAUGCUGUUUAGGCAAAGAAGACUGAUUUUCUCAUGCUACUUUAGCAGCUCGAGCUCUAACCCCAAACAGGCUUACAAUCGGCCUCGCUUGCCUGCUCUGCAACACACGUACCUCGCGUCAUGCAUUUUCUGCAUUGCAAAUUAUUUCAACUUUGACGAUUUCGAUCCUGACACACCCAUAUCGGCUGAAGUUAACCGCGGACUCGCACUACAACAUGGAGAUUGAAUCCGAAAGCGAAAGACGGUCUGUCGCAGCCGCUACCGGGGCGGUUAGUGCGAAGGAUUUCAACCCAGCCGCGAGCUUCACCGCGCUGGAAACUAGCGGGUUAGGGGCGGAAUUGAGGUUACACAACGCGCCGUUUAUUGCGAAUGAUACACUGUAUGCGUCCUCCUGCCCUUGGGAUGCUUGUGAGCAGUUCACCUACAAAACCGGUGACGCGCAGUGGGGUGCGAUGUCUCCGUACGGGGGCUGUAAGGCAGUGGAUAAAACGGCCAAGCAGGGCGAAUUAGUCGCGGCUUUGAGCAAAAACUACGACGACAGCCAUGUUUAUUCCAGUACAACUACGCAACAGGCACAGGCGAGUUCUUCGACGCCUCUCGCCGGCCCGUUGGCGAGUCUCACGCAGUAUCAAAUGUAAAAAUGUCUGGGUCUGGAAAAAUGCAAGUUUGUCAUGCUUGUCUGGCAUGACUCUUAAAUCUGUCAUGCACAUUACCAAAGAGCCCCACUUUUCUGUCAUGCAGAAACGUAGUUUGUCAUGCAGAAUAGGCAACACCUAGAAGCUCAGAAACUUGUCAUGCUGAGCCAGCAAUUGUGGCCUCCUCAUGAUAUGCCACACAGCAUCACAAAUUUCCAGACCCAGACAUAUUUGCAUUUGAUACGCAGCCGCAGCCGGCCUGGUACGGAUUUUUCCAGCAAAUGAUUCACUUGGAUUAUUGGCUAUCCAUUGCAAAUGUGUCUGGCGGGUCUGGAAGAGUACAAGACUUAUCAUGCGUGUUUUGCAUGCCCCACAGGGAGGUAAGGGUCUGCGAUGCAGGACCUGGCAUGACAGAUUCUUUGCGAUUCCUAUCAUGCCUUCCUAUCCUGCAUGAGAAAGUUCUUGCACGAUCCAGACUUAGCAUGAGAAGUUUUAGUGUUUCAGACCCGGACAUAGUUGCAAUGCAUACUGGCUCGAGCAUAACACGAAACAGACAAAGAAGGAGGAAUCCAAGUACGGCGCUUUUUUGAUAAGUGAGAAGAACAAUGUCGUGAUCAAAGUGAACGGAACGGGAAUUCACGCCCCGGCGAUUUUCCUGCAACAGUACCACAACGCGGCGGCGAGGGAUGCGGGGAAGCACGGGAGAAGAAUACCGUACUUGCAUCCUUUACCCACAUAUGAAUUGCAAAAGUGUCUGGGUCUGGAAGAAUACAACUUGUGAUGCUGCAUUUGGAUUGCAAAAAAAUCUGUAUUGCAUGAGCAGCAAAGGGAAUGUGAUUUUUGCUACGCGGAGAGGGCAUUUGUCAUGCGGAAUAGGCAUCGAGACGCCCUCAAAAGACCUGUGAUGCUAAGGCACGCAUCACAGACAUCAUGACUCAUGCACAACCCGCAUGAUUCCAGACCCAGACAUAAUUUGCAUUUGAUACCACAACCGCCGCGGAAAGAACGGCGGAGUUGAACGACGCCGCGUUUGUUUUGGGUAUGGGGAUCGUUUUGUCCUUCGGGUUUGUCUAUCAAAUGUAAGACUGUCUGGGUCUGGAAGAGUACAAGCUUGUGAUGCGCAUUUCAGAACACAGAAAAAUCUCUCAUGCAUAGGCAGCAAAAGUUCCCACUUUCUGUCACCAAAGAAGUCAGGGAUUUGUGAUGCGGAUUCGGCAUUGCGGAUGCUUCUCGAAACCUGUGAUGCUAGAGCUUCCAUGCCAGACCUUCCGCGUCAUGCAGAAACAGCAUGACUCUUCCAGACCCAGACAUUUUUACACUUGAUAUUGUCUCGUGCUUCGCGUUGGUCUUUAUCGUGGAAGAGAAGGAGAAGGAAGUGAAAGUGCAGCAAUUUGUCAACGGCGUCGGGAUAUGAACUGCAAAACAAGUAUCGUACUCGUAUUGCAGUCAUGCAUUCCAAGUCUUUUUCUUAAGGUAAAUCCGCAUCAAAAAUUCCACAUUUCUCAUGCUGAGGAAAUUUGUAAUGCAAUUACUAUAUAUUAUAUUCAUGCGAAAAAAGAGGUAGACAGAGGGCAAACAAGAGGUGGUCGAGAGGUCAAAAAGAGGUCAAAAGAGGUAAAAAAGAGGUCGACAGAGGUGGAGAGGUGGCGCGGGACCCCUUUCGAGAGGGUCGGCGAGAGGGUGCGCGAGUAUAGCCCGCCGAAGGACCCACCUUAAGGCGGCGCCUAAGUGCCUCAGAGGGUGCAGAGAGGUCAAAAAGAGGGGGCGCGAGAGGUCGACAGAGGUCGAGAGAGGUGGCGCGAAUAAGGGCCAACCUCUCGCGCACCCUCUCGGCCACCUCUGGGCCACCUCUGUCGACCUCUACCCGCGAGUAUAGCCGGACUAUUAGCGGGGACCCCCAAAAGAGGUAAAAGAGAGGGCCUGCGGGGGGUCUGCGAGAGGGUAAAGACACAAAGUGGAGGGCGCGAAUCCGCAUGGUAUUCCCCAUGUGUAGCAUUGCAGGCCCUUCGCGGACUUGUUUUGUUCGGCGCCUGCCCCCACCACCCUCUCGCGCCACCCUCUCGCGCCGCCCUCUCGCGCCACCCUCUCGCGUCACCCUCUCGCGCCACCCUCUCGCGCACCCUCUCGCGCCACCCUCUCGCGCUACCCUCUCGCGCCGCCCUCCCUCACUGAAGUCAUUGAAAAAGUGGCGCCGGGGAAUGGGGCGGGGUCGGUUCUUGGUUCACCUUGAUUAACGAAAGGCAUGCGUAGCGGACUGUGGUGUGGCAUCUAGGUGCCUCCUGUUCAUCUGCCCCAAUGCUCGUGGUAGCUCCUCCCUGCGCAGAGCGCCCUUAGGCGCGGGAAGCGCGCAGACGGUGCUGCGGGGGCAUAAGUAUGCAUGUCGCUGUGGUCCGGUCCGCAAGCAGUUCAAACCCGGCCAAACAGCCUUGCGCUCCGGCGGUAGCCGGAGCAUGGCUGGUUGAUACGUAGUGCGAUGCUUUUACAAAAAUGCAUACGGGAUCACACGGUACUGGCUGAGCAACCUGAUCUACGACUUUUCGCUCUAUCUGUUCCCGAUCUUCACAAUUCUACUCCUCUUCGAGGCGUUUGAUUUGACUCUCUUCACCAACAGCCGGGCGAUCGGCGCGUCGUAUGAAAUGCAAAAGCAUCCUCGCACUCCUAUGAAUGCAUUGCAAAUUCCCUCAGCAUGGGAAAUAAAAUUUGUGAUGCGGAUUUACCUCAAGAAAAAGCUUUGUAAUGCGUGACUGCAACUACUACGAGUGCGAUGCUUUUGCAGUUCAUACGCCGAUCUGUUUACUGAUCUUCUUCGCGGCGGCCAUGCCGCUGUUUUAUCCUGAGUAAAAACGUCCCCACCCCAUAGUUGUCAUGCAGAUUUGCGAUUAUAGGAAGAUUUGUAAUGCGCAUCCACAUAAGAGGCAUUUCCAAUCGCGUUUUGGAAUUUGUAAUGCUGUAAACAGGAUAAGCAGAUGGAUUUGUGAUGUGGUUGUCCUUGCUAACAUGCACUACACUACGGACUGCAACUUCUCAUGCGUGGCUCCCAAAACUUGCGGAUUUGUCUUGCUAGGUUCCCAAUUUGACUAUGGGGUGGGGACGUUUUUACAUAUGAUAUGUUUUCCUACAUCGUGGCGACGCAGUUCAAGUCCGCAGAUUCUGCGAUGAGUGUGUCUAUCGUUUUGAAUGUGAUUUUCGGGUUUGUGCUUUUCCUGGUCGGGUUACUCCUUGAAUUAAUCCGGUUCGACACGACCCGGUCCUUACUAAAGACCUUCGACCCGUUAUCGCAAGAAAAAAGUGUUACAGUUACACAUUGUGUUGCAGGCCAAGCAAGACAGACAAGCUCUGUCAUGCGCAUGCCGGAUAUGCAGAGGAGCCUCCUUUCAUAGGUGUUUGCCCGUAGGAUUUCUGCAUUACAAGUUUUCUCUCUCAUGCUGAGAGAUUUGCGAUGCUGAAUUCACUACAAAUGUGUAACUGUAACACUUUUUUUCUUGGAUACCCGUUACUCCGUCUCUGGCCCAUGUACUCUUUGGGGGAAGGAGUCCGCCGGAUUUUCUUCACAUCCUACUACUGGCAGGGGACGCCCCCAGAGUCGGUUCCGGACGCGUUCUUAUGAACUGCAAAAGUAUCGUACUCGUUGUAUAAAUGCAUGACAAAUUCCGUCAGCAUGACACAUAAGAUUUGUAAUGCGGAUUUACCUUGCGAAGAAAAUUUGUAAUUAUGCAUGACUGCAAUUACUACGAGUACGAGUGCGAUACUUUUGCACAGGAUAGUUCUGGGCAAAGUGCGAGAAGGAGUACGACGAGCACAAUGUCGCGCCGUUUGAGUGCUGCCAGGACAUCUUCGACCGGUUCGGCGCGGGGCCGGCGAUCACGUAUUUGGGAAUUGAGAUCAUCCUGUACUUCAGCAUUGUCGUUUUGUUGGACUAUUUGACCCAGGAGGUCCGCUACCGGCAGUACAUGGAGCCCGUCGCUCCUUUCGACAAAAAUGACCCGGUGAACCUAAGGCAGUACCGGGACCAGGGGGUCCUCAACGAGGAAACCACUGCUUUGUCAAACAUCUCCGACGAAGCAGUGAAAGAGCAGUACGGAGUUUUGUGCCAGAACGUGAACAAAGUCUUCCAAAUCGCGGAUAUCGUCGGCGCAGAGGGGGAGAGAACGGAUAGCGACAAGAACUGCUGCGAAUCCUGUUUGACCUCCUGCUGUCUCUGUUGCCCGAGUCUCGUGAAGGCGCUGUUCGAUAGGUGUAAGAACAAAACGACGAUCAAUGCGGUCAGAGACGUUUCGUUCGCUCUGAAGAAGGGCGAGGUUUUGGGUCUACUAGGUGCGAACGGCGCGGGGAAGACCACAACCUUCCGGUAUGGCGUUCUCAAACGUUACAUUCUCAACUUUUUCAUGAAUGUGUAAUGCAAGAAUAGCACAGGCGAGACGAGGGAGAACCUUACGCGUCUUGCAUUUUUACAGAAGAUUUGGUGCGGAUUCUAGUGCUAUUAAUUUAGCCCUCCCAGAAUUUGUCAUGCGAAGCAGCUUGAUCGUCUGCUGGCUCGUGGUCGUUUUGCAUGAGAAAUCAUGUAACCGCUGAGAGUGUAAGAGUUGAGAAGGCCAUAUCGGCAUGUUGUGCGGAAUCACGGUUCCAGCGCGGCAUGAACAGACCGAAAUCAAAAUCGGCGGACACUCGAUGUACACAGAACGGGACGAGUGCAGGAAAAUUAUCGGCUACACGUCCCAAGCCAACCCGAUUUGGGACAGCAUGACGGUGAUUGAGCACCUUAUCGCGAGAACAAAGUGUUACAGUUACACUUUGUGUUGCAGAUUAAGCAAGAGAGCAUUGCUCUGUCAUGCCGAGUAUGCACAGGAGCCCAGUUUCAUGUGUGUUUUUCCUUAUGAUCUCUGCAUUGCAGCAAGUUCUGUUUUUGUCUGUCAUGCCGAGCAAGUUUGUGAUGCUGGAGCUACAACAAAUGUGUAACUGUAACACUUUUUUUCUGGGAUACAACUGGAGUUUUACGCCCUGGUGAAGGGAGUUCCGGCGGAGUAUUUCCAGUAUGGAUUGCAAAAGUGUCUGGGUCUGGAAGAUUUCCAGAUUUGUCAUGCAGGUUUUUCAUAACCCAUGAGGUCUGGUAUGUAGGACAUAGCAUGACAGAUUCUGCGAGGCCUUGUUUCCAAUGCCUAUGUAUCCUGCAUGAGAAACUGCAUCGCGAUUAAGUCAAAAGUGCACAACUUUUGGCUGUCAUGCAAGACAGUUUUUUGCCUGAUUCGGAUUUAGCAUGACAAUUUGCAAUCAUCCAGACCCAGACACUUUUGCAUUUGAUAUCCAGGAGACGAUUGACAAAACGAUCCAGGACAUGGACCUUGUGAUUCACAAGCACAAACUAUGACAGCUCACAACUCCCGCUUUCCCUCAUUUGCCAUGCAAAAUACCUAAUCCACACCUUGCCUUUAAGCACUCUGCGCAUGACAAGUUUUGAACCCCCAAAUGGGACUACAUUCCACUUACGGAUUUGUCAUGCAAAAGCUACAUUUGUGGCAUUGCUUCUGUUGCUGCUCAUGCUAUACAAAUGAGGGGGAGGGGCAGGGGGAGUUGUGCACUCUCAUACAAAAAAGCCGGCACAUUGUCCGGGGGGAACAAACGGAAGUUAGUCAUCGCGAUGUCCUUGAUCGGCGCCCCGCCGGUGCUGUUUUUGGACGAGCCUUCCGCGGGCAUGGACCCAGAAGCGAGGCGGAACAUGUGGUCGAUCAUCCAAAGAAUCGCGACGAAGCAGAAGCACAGCACCGUGAUUUUAACGACACACAGCAUGGACGAGUGCGAGGCGCUGUGUACGAAGGUGACUAUCAUGACGCAGGGAGUGAUGCGGUGCUUUGGAUCGAUAUCCACAGUAAAUUUCGCGUACACGACGUACAAAUGCGGUCUCUGCAUGGUAAAAUUUGGCUUCGAUCCUAGUUUAGCAUGACAAGUUUCACACGGCAAAUUGGGGAAUAAAUUUGUGAUGCAUCUUUUACAUGUACGGGAAAUUUGUAUUGCAUAAUCGAUACCAGAAAUCAAGGCGCAGUACGGAAACGGGUUUGAUUUGUACGUGAAGUUAGAGUCCCCGAGUUUCACGGAGCAAAAACAACUAUGGACGACGUUUCUGGGUAGCAAUGCGAUGUUGAAUCCGGAUGAUGUGAAUGCGAUGAACAGUAACAUCAUGCUGAUCCACCUGUGCCAACUGCUCCACCAGUACGACCCAGUUUGGCCACUGCAGCAGCGGAUUCAAUUCUUACUUCGCGCCUCGCGUGCGAGUCCGUAUGCGAGCGUGGCGCGGCUGAGCAGCAAACCGCAGGACAUAUCAAAUGCAAAAAUGUCUGGGUCUGGAAGAUUCCCAGGCUUGUCAUGCUUGUCUGGCAUGACUCUUAAAUCUGUCAUGCACGUUACCCAAGAGCUCCGCUUUUCUGUGAUGCAGAAACGCAGUUUGUCAUGCAGAAUAGGCAACACCUAGGAGCUCAGAAACUUGUCAUGCUGCGCCAGCAUUUGUGGCCUCAUCAUGAGACGCCACCCAGCAUCACAAGUUUCCAGACCCAGACAUUUUUACAGUUGAUAGGACAAGAUCCGGAACGACGAGCUGCUGGAGAUGCAAGCGUCAACCUGCAAGGCGAAAGUGAUUCUGCACUGGUAUACGAUUUUCUUUUUUAGGUUGCGGGCGGCUUUCAUAAUUCUAAGUCAGAACAUGAACAAAGGGAUUCUAUUCAAGUAGAGCAUUUCCAGCUUCACAGCGCGCUCCUGUCCUCCAUGACAAGCAUCUUGGUCUUGCACUAGCAACGCAAAAUAAAAUGAAUACAAAUCAGGUUAACCCAAUCCGUCUACCGUUUGACCCUGACCGACUACGUGGCGCAGACCUUCCCCGGCGCUUUCCUCACCGAUUCGCAGGGCGGUAGUGAGCAGGUCACUUUUCGCAUCUUCGCCGACCAGAAGAAACUUGGGCAGUUGUUCGGACUAUUGGAAUCGGUGAAGGUCCAGUUUAAGAUCAAGGAGUACGCGAUCUCCCCCACGAGUCUGGAACAGAUUUUCAACACAUUCACCAAAUCCCACAUGGAGCAGGGAGCACCACAGAUGCAGCAGCAACAACAGACGCAGUUGACCACCGCACAGAUGGUGCCGAUGGGAAAUAGCGCAGCAGCAGCUUCGUCGUCCUCAGCAGUCCCAGGAGCAGGCGUCGAUGAGACCGCACGGACAUCCGGAAAAGCGGAUUUGGUCGGUCCACCGGUGACAGUCGUUGUGACUAGUCCGCCGAUCGACAAUUCUGCUGGUGGUGAUUCAGGGAUGGGGAUCAACAUGGGGAGCGGUCAGCCGGGAGCGCACCAGGUGGCGCCGGACAAUAAAUAA